UUCGGCCACGGGUCCUUCCGGCCCGGCCAGCAGCGGGCGAUCCGCGGCGCGCUGCACGGCCGCGACGUCGUCGUCGUGCUGCCGACGGGCGGCGGCAAGAGCCUCUGCUACCAGCUUCCCGCGCUGCUCACGCCGGGCGUGACGAUCGUCGUGAGCCCGCUGCUGAGCCUCAUCGAGGACCAGGUGUCGGCGCUGCUCGGCGCGGCCUGCGGCGGCAUCCCCGCGGCGCACCUGACGAGCGGCACGAAGGAGGCCGCGUCGCGGUCCGUGCUCCACGAGCUGCACAAGGCGGGCGAGGGCCGCGGCGAGUUGGGCCUCAAGCUCCUCUACGUGACGCCCGAGCGCCUCGCGGCGUCGCCGACCUUCGGCGAGUGUCUGGCGAAGCUCCACCGGCGCCGGCUGCUCGCGCGGUUCGUCGUCGACGAGGCGCACUGCGUCUCCGAGUGGGGCCACGACUUCCGGCCCGACUACCGCAAGCUGGGGAACCUGCGGCGGUCCUACCCCGGCGUGCCCUUCAUGGCCCUGACGGCGACGGCGACGCCGGCCUGCGAGGCGGACCUGCGCAAGUCGCUGAAGAUCGCGCCCGACGCGCUCGCGCACCGCACGUCGUCGGACCGGCCGAAUCUGCACUUCGCCGUCGAGGACUACAGCGAGGGCGACGCGAACGACGUCCGCGAGGCCGUCGUCGACUUCGUGAAGCGGCGCCCGGGCCAGUGCGGCAUCGUCUACUGCAUGACGCAGGCCGACGCGGAGGCGUGCGCGGACCUGCUCUCGGAGCGCUGCGACGACGUGAAGGCGGCGCACUACCACGCGGGCCUGAGCCCCCUCAACCGGCGCGUGACCCAGGCCGCGUGGCAGGCGGGCCAGGUCCACGUCGUCUGCGCGACCAUCGCCUACGGCAUGGGCAUCGACAAGGCCGACGUCCGCUACGUCGUCCACGCGUCGCUCGCCAAGUCGCUCGAGGGCUACUACCAGGAGGCGGGCCGCGCGGGCCGCGACGGCGCGCCGAGCCUCUGCGCGCUCUACUACCGGCGCCAGGACGUCGCGAAGAUCCGGAAGCUCGUGACGGGCUUCGGGCGCAUGAAGCGGCGCGGGCCGCGGCUCCAGCGCGACCUCGACAAGCUCGACGACAUGGUCAGGUACUGCGAGACGCCGCGGAGCUGCUGCCGCCGGCAGCGGCUCGUCGGCCACUUCGGCGCGGACCCGGGGCCGGGCAACGGCGACCGGCCCUGCUGCGACCUCUGC